UUUCCUCAUCUCAUCAUCGAUCAUAUCAUAUAUUUUCUUCACUAUCAAAACACACAGCAAGAAACCAUGUCUCUCUCUGGGAAGAUGGAAACCUCUUUGGAGCUGAGAACUCCUGCUACUAAGUUCUACGAGCUUUUCAAAUCACAAAACGGUUUCAAUCUCAAUCAAGCCACGAAUGGAAAAUUAGCUGGUGAAGUGGUGGAAGGUCAACUGGGAAAGAGCGGCUGCGUCUUAUCCUCAAACGCUCCUGGUGGGAAGAACAUGUACAACAAGAUGCUGGUGGAGAAAGUAGAUGAUGAGAACAUGAAGUUUUACUGCAAAGUGAUUGAAGGAGAACUCCUGAAGCAUUACAAGAAUAUAAACUACAGUGUUCAAAUUACUCCCAAGGGUGAGGGGAGUGUUGUGCACUGGACUAUAGAAUAUGAGAAGAUGAACAAAGAUGUUCCUGACCUUAAGGAAACCAUUGAUCAUUGUGCUGCUCUUUCUAAACAAUUUGAUCUUCAGUUGUCCACUAACAUGGCAGUGGCUUAGUUAGAUCCAUCCAUGCCACAAAUGAAAAUCCUCUCCCAGUACUCUAUGAUGCUGAACUACUAGUACAAUAAAACAACACUCUACUGGGAGAUACAUAUAUAUGAGACUACUUGAGUGGUUGUAUAAUAAUGUCUUUGUAUCAAAAUGCUAUGAUAAAUAAAAAUAUGAGUGUGUUUAAUAUCUAUA